AUGCAUGCAGUACAAAUUGGUAGGUCUACUGUGGAGUUUCCAUUCGAACCAUAUGAGUGCCAGAUUAAAUUUAUGGAAAAAGUUGUGGAAGCUUUAUGGACGGGACAGAACGCAGCAUUGGAAUCGCCAACCGGAACCGGCAAGACACUAUGUUUAUUAUGUGCUGCCAUUGCAUUCUUGAAAGAUUAUAAAUCAAGGAUAUCUCAGAUGGACAGUAUCAUGAAAUACAAGGUCACUGUUCCAGCUUUACUAUCACAUAACCCAAAAAUUCUUUACGCAUCCCGAACCCAUAGUCAAUUGGCGCAAGUAAUCAGUGAAUUAAACAAAACAACCUACAAGGACAUUAAGACCGUAACUUUGGCCUCACGUGAUAUACUUUGUAUCAAUGAUAAAGUGAUGAAAGAAAAUAGUAGUCAUGUCAAAUCGCUAAUGUGUAGAAAUUUGAUCAGCAAGCAUCAAUGUCCAUUUUAUAAUUCUUAUGAAAAAGCUGAUCCAUCAACAUUGGAUUUAUUGUAUAAUGGAAAUGGAUUGGUUCCAGAUAUCGAAGAAGUCAUCAAUAUAUCUCAGAAGCAUAGGUAUUGUCCGUAUUUCCGGAAUCGUACAGUGUAUGAAAAUGCUGAUCUCAUUCUUUUGCCAUAUAAUUAUAUCGUUGAUCCUUCCUUGCGACAUAAGCAUAACAUUCAACUGAAGGGGAAUAUUGUCAUUUUCGAUGAGGCACAUAAUUUGGAAUCAAUUUGCGAAGAGUCAACUUCAGUAUCGUUUUCAACUACUCAAAUAAGUGCUUGUAUAAGAGAAGCAAAGAAAGUUCUGGAAAUGAUAAUAAGUGAUGAAGAGGAAGUUCGGAUAAAAAUGGAUAAUGCGGCUGUACCAUUUGGUACCGAAAUUCAGGAAACAAAUGAACCAAAAAUUGAGAAGAACGACGUAGCUUACCUACUUGCAUCUUUGCAUCAAUUCGAAGAUGCUGUAGAUGUUUGCAUGAAAGACAAGGGAGAGAAAAUAAUUGGAAUUGAUGGUAAAGUUUAUCCGGGCGAAAAAAUGAUUGAAUUACUAUCGAAAGCAGGAUUUCGGAAGGAUAUGAGAGAAGCAAUAUCAUUGACUGUUGAUAAAAUUGGACAGUAUCUCACAGCAAAAGCACAAAAUGAGUCAACUGGAGAGUUUGUCGAAAAAGGAGUUUAUCUUCAAGAAUUCUCAUCAUUCAUUUCGACUGUUUACGCAGAUAAACACGCUUCAUUAGAGGUAUUGGGUAGUUCGACAAGUGCAAUGAGAAAUUUGGACAGAAAGGUCGCAGAUGUCAGCAGCGCGAAAUGUUUUCAAGUAUGUUUCGCAGUAGCUUGUAUCAAUGUUAUGUAG